AUGCUGGAGACGCACUUGGAGAUCGAAGCAGACGAGCUUGAAGAUGAGGUCCUGCUGCAGGCCCUGCCCUUCUUUGAAAGUCUGGACACGAAGGUGCAGAGGAGGUUGAAGCGAGCAGCUGUGGGGCCACCUGUCGGCGAGGAGCACGAAGAGAAGGCUGCAGCGCAGAAAAGAAAGAAGAGGAAGAAGGCAAGAGCAGUCUUGAAACAAGGGAAGAAGGAUCUGCAGGAACUCCUGCAGAAGCACAACAGAAAGGAGAUCCUGCAGGGUAUGGUCCCAAGUGCAGGUGCUGGCCCUGUGCACACCAAGGCUGCGGCGAAGAAGGCUGCAGCGACGACGGCUGCAGCCAAGAAGCCUGCAGCCGAGAAGGUGGCACCCAAGAAGCCUGCAGCCCUUGAGACUGCAGAGCAGGAGAGUGCAGCCGAUGCUGAGCACAAGAGCAGCAAAAAGCAUGGAGGCAAGGGCAAGUUGCAGAAGAAGGCCUCCAAGAAAGCCUUGGAGAAGGGGGAGAAAAACAAGGCUUUGAAGAAGGCUCUGAAGCAGUUGGAGGCAGACACAGAAGUUGCAGAGGCUGCCCCCGCCUCAGGGCCCGCUACAGCCCCAGCAGCAGCCUCGGCAGCAGGAGAGGAGAAGCAGCGAGUGCAGGUUGCCUCCGAGCUUGCAGGGAAGCCCUACUACGGCAGGAGAGAAUUCUUGCAGGUCCCGAGCCUUUUGCCAUCUCUGAAGAUGAAGACUAUGCAGAGUCUCUCCCGUGCAGACAAGCAGAAGCUGCUCCGUGAAGCGGCUUUGAAGACUCUUGGAGAUGAUCUUGGAGAUGACCUGCGGAUGCCGCUUGCAGAUGGCAGUUGGCUCUUGGACCAGCACAUGUCUCUGGGCUGGCAGUACCUGAAGUGGAGCCUGCCAGGCCUGGAGAAAGCAGAGAUCACCUGCAUUCGUGCAGAUGUUGUGCAGGCUUUCACAGCCCUUGCAGACCCGACAACCGAGCUGCAGGGCUUGGGAGAUGCAGAGUGGCUGCUCUGUGCGAGCCAAAUGCAGGAGCAGAGGAAAGCCUUCCUGCAGCAGGAGCUGCAGAAGGACUUGAUCUUCGUGCCGAUUUAUGCAGGGAGCCACUGGACCUUGCUGCAAAUCUGCAGAUUUGGAGCCCUGCAAGUCAGAUACUACGACUCACUGCAGGAGGAGGCUGCAGGAAACAGACGUGUUGCAGAGUUCUUUUUGGACCAUUUUCUGCAGAUGCCAAUGGCAGAAAGAUGCAAUGCAGCAAGACAGCCUGUAGGGACAGGGCAGUGUGGCUCCUACUGCCUGCAGUGGAUGGAGACGGCAUGCAGGCAGGCUCUUGGGGACUCUAACAGCCUGCAGUGGCCCUCAGCAGUGGCCUGGGCUGGAAGGCUGCAGACUCUGUGCAAAGCACUGCAGAAGGAGCAGUCCAUGAUCAUGGACACGAAGAUGAAGGCUGCAGCCAAAAAAGCACUCCUUGAAGUCAAUCAGAAGAAAGCUGCAGCGAGCAAGAAGAAGGGUGAAGAGGACAUGAAGAGCCUGUCCAAGAAGGCUCUCGAAGACCUGCUGAAAGAUCCUGCAGGCAAGCCCUGCUUCGAGAACUUGAGUCUGCAGGCUCAGGCACAGGUGUUGAAGGUGAUGGAGGGCUUCACUGGAGGCACCUGCACCAGAUGCAGGGAAGGAGAUGGGUGCCUCUCCU